AUGCAACUAAAGUUUGGAUCUUUCCCUGUUGUGGUUGCCUCAUCUGCCCAAAUGGCAAAGGAAUUCCUAAAAACACAUGACCAUGUCUUUGCCUCUAGACCAAAAACUGCCGCUGGCAAGUACACAACUUAUAACUAUCACGACAUCACGUGGUCACCCUAUGGUCCAUAUUGGCUACAAGGCCGUAAGAUUUUCCUCUCUGAACUUUUUAGCUCAAAACAACUCGAGUCUUAUCGAUACAUUCGUGUAGAAGAAAUGCUUGCUUUUUUGUCACGCCUUUGCAUCUUGUCAGGGAAGCCAGUUAUGCUAAAAGACCAUCUCUUCCGUCUUACUCUAAGCAUUAUAAGCAGAAUUGCAUUGGGUAAGAAGUAUGUUAGUGAUGAGUCCAAAUACAAAACCUCGAUAGUGAGACCAGAAGAAUUUCAAGAAAUGUUAGACGAGUUGUUCUUGCUAAAUGCGGUGUUUAAUAUAGGAGACUAG